CUGCAGUUUGGGUACAGCUGGCUACAUCAUUUAAAAUCUCCCUCUGAUUCCCCCCUUGUCCAGACCACUCCGAGCCACAAUCGGAAGUCCUGAGGUUCAGAGGCGAAAACAUGAGGGUCGCUAAAGGACUCGUGGUGUGUGCAACAGUGCUCCUGCUGGCUGGGGUCUGUACUGCAGGGCCACAGGCAAUAUCUGUUACCACUAUUAAGCAAGACCCAUACACCAUGGCCAAAGGUUCCCAGCUGGAGGGGUUCUGCAUGGAUCUGCUGUCUGAGCUGGCCAAGAGAGUGGGCUUCAAGUACAACGUGCACCUGGUGAAGGACAGCACCUACGGCAGGAAGGAUGAGAGCGGAAACUGGGUUGGGAUGAUUGGGGAGGUGGUGAGGGGGGAGGCGGACCUGGCGGUGGCCCCCCUCACCGUGACGGCGGUGCGCGAGCAGGCCGUGGAGAUGACCAAGCCCUUCAUGCAGACCGGCAUCAGCUUCAUCCUGCGUAGGGACACGGCCGCCGAGGAGCCCGGCUUCUUCAGCUUCCUCUGCCCCUUCUCCACCGAGACCUGGGUGGGGAUCCUCGUGGCAUACCUGGUGACGGCCAUCUGCAUCUGCAUCGUCACCCGGCUUAGCCCCCAUGAGUGGGCCGAACCCCAGACGGAGGACAACAGCUUCACGCUCCUGCACAGCCUGUGGUACGCUGCUGGAGCCCUCACUCUGCAAGGUGCUGGCCCGCAUCCCAAAGCCCUGUCAGGACGAGUGAUCACUGCCAUCUGGUGGCUGUUUGCUGUAGUGCUGCUGGCCUGCUACUUCGCCAAUCUCAGCUCCAUGCUGCACUCGGACAGCACACAAGUGUCCGUGAAGACCUUCGAGGACCUGGCCAAUCAGGAUGUCAUUGAGUACGGAACAAUGGGCGGUUCAUCCACACUGGCCUUCUUCAAGAAUUCCAACAACCCAGCUUAUCGCAGGAUCUAUGAGCACAUGGAGCGCAGGAAGAGUUACGUGGCGAAUAUGGAGGAGGGCGUCCGAAGGGCUCAGGAGGGGAACUUUGCCUUCAUCGGGGAGUCGGUGUCUCUGGACCUGGCCGUGGCGCGCUACUGCAACCUGAUGCGAGGUCACGAGGUCAUAGGCAUGCGAGGGUACAGCAUCGCGGCCCCUCUAGGCUCUCCUCUGGUGAAGAACCUGAGCGUAGCCAUCCUACAGCUGAGCGAGUCUGGGGAACUGGAUUUUCUGCACAAUAAGUGGUGGGCUAGCAGCUGUGUGGCGGAGGGGGUCAAGGCCUCACCUCUAAAGCCCCACAGCCUCAAGGGCAUGUUCCUGGUGCUGGCCUUGGGUCUGGGCUUGGGCGUCCUGCUGGCCCUGUUGGAGCUCGCCUCCCAGUCCCGCAGCAACGCCAAGGAGCAGAAGAAAUCAUGUUGCACAGUGCUGUCUGCGGAGCUAAGCCAGCGUUUGGGGAGCAGAAAUGAGGAGAAAACUACAGAAACGUCAGAGAAAAGCAAAGUUUAAAGAAGGCCUCUCACUGACCUUAACAUUUCAGGCCCACGACAGCAAGAGUUUGGUAGGGAAAUUAACUAAUGUUGACAGGAAAAUAAGCUCAUGACCAAGGAGUCGUCAUUGUCUCUUACAAGCAGGUGCCGUUCAAUAGAACAGAGAAAGUCUUUACAUUUGACACGCAAGCAUUCCUUAAGAAACAGAGAAUUGUUCCUAACUUACUGAAGAGCUGUGUAGUCCUCUCUGCAGUCCGUGUAUUUUCAUAUUUUUAUUGGAUGACUUCUAGGUAACUAAGGUUUUUAUAGGAUUCUUUGAAACUAAUAUGCACUAAGCUGUUUCUCUGGUUUAUUAGAUAUAUACUACUGUAUUCCUCACCUUCACUCUAACCACUAACCAUAUUCUGCUGGCGAAAUAAAAUCUCACCCCUUCA